UGAACAACGAUAUUGAUAUCUUGAAUAUCGUAGAAUACGCCUUGAUCGUAUCGGUAUUGCACAUAAUCAAAACAAAUGAAAGAAAAGUUAAUUUCCAGCGGCGGCGAAGAACUAGAUUCCCGUCAAAACAGUUCAAAUGAUGACUCCGAAGAUACCACAAACGUAUCGGGUGAUGAGGACACGUGUAGCCUGCAAGAGGUAAACGAUCUGUUUCAAAUUAAAUGCAAAAUCGCAGAUGAAGCUGCAGUAUCUUUGAGAAACGACUACGUGCUUAGCUUAGCCGCCGACAGUGGCUUCACACGUGUUGCCGCUGGAUUAUCAAGCGCUACAGUACACAUAUUCGAUAUCAAUGCCCAACGAACACUCUCGACAUUAUCCGAUAUACCGGCGCCAGUAACCAAUGAGCGUACGACUACUUGCGGUGUACGGUUUUUAGAUGAAACACCCAAUUGCUUAUUAGUUGGCAGCAGUCAUGGUUUAGUACGCCUUUUCGAUUUACGCACACAAAGCGAGCAAGCGCGUUUCGAAGAGGAUAUCGAGUUUACACAAAGUAUUUCUAAUUUUCGGGCUGCGAAAGGCAUGCACAUGCAAAAAACUAUAAAUUGCUUUGAUACCAAUUCGAAUGGACGUAUACUUUCCACUGGAACUAACCAAAGUCAAGGAAAUGUAUUUUUGUUUUUCUAUGAUAUACGAGAACGCAAACCCCUUGGUGCUUACUUUGAUAGUCAUGAAGAUGACAUAACCGCAUUAUGUUUUCACGCAACGAAUCCUGAUCUUAUGUGCUCAGGCUCAACAGACGGCUUAAUAAAUGUGUAUAACCUCAAAGAGGCAACGGAGGAUGAUGCGCUGUUAACAACCAUUAAUACGGAAAGUAGCGUACAGAUGCUUAACUGGCAUAAGAAUGUUUAUGAACAUGACCUUAUUUCUUGCAUUACGCACUGCCAUGAUUUCCAUGUGUACCUUGCUGAUGAAGCUGAUGUGGUGGCAAAGUUUGAGCGUGAAAAAAUUGCCGAGGCUGCAAAAGGAAUAAACGAGACUAAAUGUAAUGUGAUCGGGGCUCAUAGCUUGGAAAACGGUGACCUGUUUCUGCUUGUCGGUACAAAUCGUGGCAAUGGUGAAGUGUUGCGUUCGCUACGUUUAGGCAAAGAUUUGCUGCCAAGGGCAGAUUUUAUUGCCAAUAAACAGCUUGUUCGCGCAAGCAUAUUUGACCAAAAGAGCGGUACCGUAGUGACUGGCGGUGAAAGUGGCUUUGUAACCCUUUGGACGACGGAGAACACAACUUAUGAUGAGCCAGUUUUAACCAGUAGCUCGAGCGGCUUAAAACACAAAAGUAAAAAAUUAAAAAAGAAAGCGCCUUAUUAAUUUGUAAAUCAUUCUAUAUCACUUUAAUAAAAACUGCAUCAAUACAAUACA